UCCAAUCCCACACGGCAUGAUCAUGCCGUCAAUUACAUAUAUUUAUUGAUCGUAACAGUUGUGUCUUUCUCCUAUUCCCUAAAUUACAACCACCCCCGGCCACUGCCGCUUACAGCCUCUUGACUGCUGCGACCGCCGGGAUUAGCUCUGGAAGCUUCGUCUCCUGUCGCCCAGUCGACUAUUUCAACAGCAACCGGUGCUGCCGCCGCACCCCGAAGGAGAAGAACAAUCGACAAGAUGGCGCAAUAUCUUUUUGACCUCCUGUACACGUUGACAGACUGCAUGUGCUGCUUCCCCAGCUCUCCGCAGCUCAAGAUCAACAGCCGCAGCUUCAAGCUGCUGCGCUUGCUCGGCGAGGGUGGCUUUUCAUACGUGUAUCUCGUGCAGGACAAAAACACCUCGGAACUAUUCGCGCUGAAGAAGAUUCGCUGCCCGUUUGGCCAGGAAUCGGUGUCGCAGGCGUUGAAGGAAGUCGAGGCGUACAGUUUAUUCACGCCGAAUGUCAACAUCAUCCGCUCCUUCGAUCAUUGCGUGACGACCGAGUCGGGGUCGAAGUUCCGUGGUGGUGACGAUGAGGGCAGCUCGAAGACGGUUUAUAUUCUGUUACCGUACUACCAGCGCGGGAACCUGCAGGAUGCGAUCAACGCCAACCUCGUCAACCAUACCAAGUUUCCGGAGAAGGAGCUGCUGUCGCUGAUGCUCGGCGUCGCAAAGGCGCUCAAGGCGAUGCAUCAGUAUAAGGUGAAGAGUGGUUCGGGGGCUACGCGUCAAGCAAAGGCGGUGCGAGGCGAAGGCGAGCAGGCUGAUGAGGAGCUGUCCAGGAGGAUGGGGAAGCCGAAGAGAAGGAAUACACAUGGGAUCGAUGAUGAUGUGGAGCAAGAGCCUUUGAUGGAUGACGAGGUGACUCGCAGCCAGGAGGGAGUUGGCGAGGGAGAUUUCCGACCCUACGCCCACCGCGAUAUCAAACCAGGCAACAUCAUGAUUGACGAUGAUGGCCGCACGCCUAUUCUAAUGGAUCUCGGAUCCUUGGCCCCCAGCCCCAUCGCGAUCACAUCGCGAUCUCUUGCAAUCGCCGUCCAGGAUACGGCGGCGGAGCACAGCACAAUGCCAUACCGAGCGCCAGAACUGUUUGACGUGAAGACCGGAUCGAUCAUCGACACAAAGGUCGAUAUUUGGUCCCUCGGCUGCACAUUGUACGCGUGCUUGGUGGGCAAAAGUCCAUUCGAGGCCCGAAGCGAGGAAACCGGAGGUAGCUUGAGCAUGUGUGUUCUUGGUGGCGACUGGAGGUUCCCCGACGAAGCAUCAACCACGGCGAAAGGAAAAUCAAGAGUCAACACGCAAGAUGGAGGCGCCUCAUCUCAAAAUAGCAGUGAGGGCGGGAUCAGCGAGCCCAUUAAGGAUAUCGUCAGAAAGUGUCUCCAGGUUGAGCCGGCGGACCGUCCGGAAAUUGACGAGCUGAUCCAGCUCAUUUCAGAUACCAUCAAACAGCUGCCGGAUGGGGCUGAAUGAAAGACACGUCUUGUAAAAACAAACCAUUAGCUAUUGUUUCAGCCUGCUUUUGCCAGGCUUGUAUGGUGUGAUAUUCGUUUGGUGUUGGCGUUUCAUUAGGCAAUAAUCUGCAUAUACACCUUUGUCGCCCUUAAAUAUUUGAGAACGAAGUCUUAACCC